GUGACGUAGGCAUUGUCAUGUGAUGACGCAGAAGUCACAUGACGUUAUUCGGAUACAAAAGAGUAUCGAAAAUCUCACCGUCGUGUUUCUUGACUUCGGUCAACAAAAGUGAGCCCUUCACCUCUGCAAAUGCUAAUAAACAGACUGUUACGCGGGUUAUUGAAGACAAAAAGACAGUUGGUGCAGAUGGAAGUAGAGGGGGCGGAAGAAGGACAUAUAUGCCAAAGUGCACUUCCACAUAGUGAAGAUCCUCAGUUGUCAAAGCAUGGCUCACUUCCUCUGAAGAGCUCAACUACUUUAGAGAAUGUGUUAGAUGAAAAGGCUACAGACAGAUUCACAGAGGGAUUGCUCUCUCACUACCUGCCAAAUCUGCAGAACUCUAAACAAGCACUUCAGGAGCUCAGAAAAAAUCAUCUGAUAUUGUUGGACACACUGGACCAAGAAGUCACCAAGUUUAGAGAAUGUAACGCCUUUCUGGACCUCAGUGCACUGUUUACAGAGGCAAAGGUUUACCAGAAUAAACUGGUGCAUGUAAGGAAAGACAUGAUCCUGCUCCAUGAAAAAACAACAAAACUAAAGAAAAGAGCUUUAAAAUUGCAGCAACAGAAGCAAAAGGAGACGCUAGAGAAGGAGCAACAACGAGAGAAGGAGCUUGAGAGAGAAAGGCAACUUACUGCCAAACCUGCUAAAAGAAUGUAGGAUUCUCAAGUAAUGUACAUCUGCUGCAUUAAAAGAUUGUAAAUGGGGUCUGCAUGUUUUAGCCUAUUUAUUACAGAUCAGCUGUAUGUGUUAGUACUGAUAACAAUUUUUCGAAGCACAAGUAUUUAAAAAUUUCUGUUCUAGAGGCCAAACUGGAGUGUCCUGCUACAUAAUAAACAACUUAGAGCCCACCAUGAUCUCCAUAUUACCAUCAAAAAUAGAAAUGUUUAUAUCUAUAUAUGUCAGCAGUUGUUACAAGCAGUCUGAAAUGCUUAUAAAAAGACUUUGAAUACAAUAGAGUAAAAAAAGUAGUUUGGCUCUAAACAUACAGUAUAUUUGAUUAUAUGUACUGUAUUGAAUUGUAGCUCAUAGCAACUUGACUUAUGUUGUUUCCUUAUUAUAAUGACUUGCUUACCUGGCUACAGUUCUAAUAUUCUUUGGGAAAUAGUCCUCUUCCUACACACUGUACACAAUUGAGUAAAUGGGCUAAAAGAAACUUUUUGUCUUAUGAUUGCCACAAACCAAAGACAUGUAUACAAUCAUGAAAUGCUGUUUUUUCUCAUUGUCAACCCAUGAUAGCACAAACUCAAUGCAUUACACUCAAAACACAAUAGACACACAAACAAUUUUAUAUGAGGAAAUGACAGAAAGGAGAGUAAGUGAAUUUGUGCAUUGUUGGGUAUUGGCUGGUAGUGUUAAAUGUUAUUGCAUUUUAAUUUGGCAUGCACUAAAUAUUACUGACUAUAUUUCUGGGGUCCAGAUAAUCUGAUGAAUAAGGUAUGAAACUUAACCUGUUCAAAAACUGUAAAUUUGAUUCUUCAUGAUGAUGAUCAUGUCUUCUGCAAUACGUAUAUCUGGAGCCCCACUAUUUUUAUAAAUAUUAAUAAAAUCAAAAUAAACUGGUUUGCACUAA